CUUAAAUACAAAUCCUCUCCUCUCUAUCUCGUUGCAGUAUUCUCACGAUCACACGCCGCCACCGUCUUUUUCAAUCCCCAUCUCGUGUUAGUCGAGAGAAUUAAGCUAUGGCAUCCUACGUCGCAUGCCAAUCGAUGGUCGCUGCGUCCGUCUUGUCCAAGACCUCCGUCAUCAAGGCUACAUCCGCCACCUCGAAGUCGCAGCUCUUCGCUCCACUGAGACUCAAGGAGUGCUCGUCUCACGGGCCCAAGGUGGUAUGCGCAGUGGGUGAUGUCUCUGCUGAAGGUACGAACUACCUUGUCGCUGGCGCCAUCGCCAUCGCUCUGGUCGGCUCAGCUUUCCCCAUUCUCUUCUCACGCAAGGACCUGUGCCCGGUGUGCGAUGGCGCCGGAUUCGUUCGCGAGACAGGCUCCGCGUUGAACGCCAAUGCCGCCCGGAAGGACCAAGCCCAGAUUGUCUGCAAAAACUGCAAUGGGUUGGGCAAGGUGGGCCAAGUUGACAAGGCGGAGCAGGUCGUUGCCAAGGGCAAGAGGAGGUAGAGACGCCUGAGAUUGCGCAAUUCGUCGAUUCCACAGCAUUUGUAGCCCACGCAUAGCCAGUUCCCCGAGAGAUUGUCAGCUCUCUAUUGCAGAGCUUGGUGUUGUAUAGUCUUGUGAAAUAGAACAAAUAUACUCACAUGGGUCUUUUGACUUGAGACUUUGUUCGUUCGAACA